UGGUAUUUGUUAUGACCAGGGACCUUAUGUUCAUUCCACUUCUUUCUCCUCCCAUAUCUAUCUCUUUUUUUCACUCUUUAACAUAUGAUAAAAAUUUACCACAAAGUUUUCAUUACGAAACUUCUAAUCAUUUCUUCUUUUGUUUGUUUCUCUAUGAUCAUGUGGGUAGAUAUGUGAUGGCCUUUCUCAUGCAUGUGCUUCCCUAGUGCGACAUAUUACAUGGGCUACUACCAUUUUCGUGAUUCUGUAUGAAUGUUUGUAUAAAUAUGAUUGUUCUAAGGUACACCAAUUGGGCCAUUUUCAAGAAAUUUUUUUGAUGUUCACAUAUUACUGAACUCAAAUCACCGAAAUAUUUACGCGGGUUGUUAUCUAAAAGAUAAAAAAUGACAAGGGGAGCUGUGUAUGUAGCUAUUGCAGCCGCCAUUGGAAACAUGUUACAAGGAUGGGAUAAUGCCACAAUCGCAGGAGCUGUUCUUUACCUCAAAAAGGAAUUCCAUUUAGAAACACAACCUACAAUCGAAGGGCUAAUCGUGGCAAUGUCACUAAUAGGUGCUACUGUGAUCACAACAUUUUCGGGAUCGGUAUCAGAUGCCAUUGGAAGGCGCCCUAUGCUCAUAGUUUCUUCAUUUUUUUAUUUCAUUAGUGGUCUAGUAAUGUUUUGGUCACCAAAUGUUUAUGUUUUGCUAGUAGCAAGACUUCUUGAUGGAUUCGGGAUAGGUUUGGCUGUGACACUUGUGCCCCUUUAUAUUUCCGAAACUGCCCCUUCAGACAUUAGAGGACUAUUAAAUACUCUUCCACAGUUUACGGGUAGUAUUGGAAUGUGUUUAGCAUACACUAUGGUGUUCUUUAUGUCACUAAAAUCUGAUGCUAGUUGGAGGACAAUGCUCGGGGUCCUCUCUUUACCUUCCAUUGUGUACUUUCUAUUGGCGGUGUUUUUCUUGCCUGAAUCUCCAAGGUGGUUGGUGAGUAAAGGUAAGAUGGACGAGGCUAGAAUUGUUCUGCAAGCGCUUCGUGGAAAAGAAGAUGUCUCAGGGGAGAUGGCAUUACUAGUUGAAGGUCUAGAAGUAGGAGGUGAAACGUCUGUAGAAGAGUAUGUGAUCAAUGCAGACAAUGAGCUUAGUGAUGAUCAUGUUGAAGAGAAAGAUCAAAUCAAGUUAUAUAGUGCAGAAGAGGGACAAUCAUGGGUAGCUAAGCCAGUUAGGGGUCAAAGCUCUUUGGUUGCAGCUUCUAGACAUGGAAGUAUGGCUGCACAUAUGAUGGAUCCAAUGGUAACUUUAUUUGGAAGUGUCCAUGAAAAACAGAAUGAAAACGGAAGCAUGAGAAGUAUGAUAUUUCCUAAUUUUGGAAGCAUGUUUCACGGAGAACAGCAAAAACCUGAAAAUUGGGAUGUUGAGAGUAAUCAUGACAAAGGAAAUUUAUCUGGAGAUGAAUCUGAUGAUAAUAAUCUCAAAAGUCCAUUGCUAUCGCGUAACUCAACAGGUGUAGAUAAAGACAUGAUUGCCCCUAUAUCGAAGAGUAGUAUGUUAAAUGCUAGGCAGCCUAGUGAGACGACUAAUGCCAUGGGGAUUGGUGGUGGCUGGCAGUUGGCCUAUCGAAAGACCGAAGAUGGGAAGAAAGCUGGGGGCCUUCAGAGGAUCUAUUUGCAUCAAGAGGGUGGUGCUGAAUCGAGACGUGGGUCCAUUGCUGCACUCCCUAUUGCAGGUGAUGGUGAUGCAGUUCGAGCUUCGGCUCUUGUGAGUAGAUCUGUUCUUUGCUUAGAUGACGCAACGGGUCAGAACCCAAUCCAGGCUGGUGUGAUCAAGGCACCACCAUCUACGAAACAAGGAUCUAGUUGGGCUGAUCUUGCUGAGCCUGGUAUUAAAGAAGCAUUGAUUGUUGGUGUUGGGAUCCAAAUACUUCAACAGUUUUCGGGCAUAAAUGGGGUUUUGUAUUAUACCCCUCAAAUUUUGGAACAAGCCGGGGUAGGACUUCUAUUGGCAAACAUGGGAAUCGGUUCAGAAUCAGCUUCUUUUCUCAUCAGCGGUCUAACAACUUUCUUGAUGCUUCCUAGUAUUGGUGUUGCCAUGAAGCUUAUAGAUGUAGCAGGACGAAGAGCUCUGCUGCUAGCUACACUUCCUGUACUUCUGGCAUCACUAAUUGUUUUAGUUUUGAGCAAUAUUAUCGACCUGGGGUCGAUUCUCCAUGCGGUCAUCUCCACCAUAAGUGUUGUGGUAUAUUUCUGCACUUUUGUGAUGGGCUAUGGACCAAUCCCCAACACACUUUGUUCUGAGAUAUUCCCUACUCGUGUUAGAGGUCUUUGUAUCGCCAUCUGCGCACUUACAUUUUGGAUAGGUGACAUUAUUGUUACUUACACACUUCCAGUGUUGUUGACCACCAUUGGCCUUGCGGGUGCUUUUGGAAUCUAUGCAGUUGUGUGUACCAUCUCUUGGUUUUUCGUUUACUUCAAAGUGCCAGAAACAAAAGGCAUGCCACUUGAAGUUAUUACAGAAUUCUUUGCCAUGGGUGCUGCUAAUAAGAAAUCAAAUUGAUCAAGUUCAGAUCAGAAACAUUAUCGUAUCGACAGAAAGCCUUAUGAUGGUAUGACAGAGCUUGAGAUGAAGAAUGAGUGUGCUUAGAUGCCGAAAAGAAGUGAAAUAAAUUUGUUACAAUUCACAUCUUAUUCUGUAUCGAAUUUUUUUUUCCUCGCCUUUAAGUUUCAUUUUGUUUGAGGUUACAUACUUUAUACCAUGAUUAGUAUUGCAUGUCUUUCAGCUUUGUAUGUCCUUCACUUUAACAGGUACUAUUUAACUACAAUUAUUAGGUGGUAAGUUCUUGGAAUAUAUGAUGGUGUGUACCACCAGAAGCAUAUUUUUUAAAA